GUCUUCGAUUUAAUUACCUUUCAGUUCAGUCCUCAGUGUCAGCGCGAUAAGUUCGAAAGCUCUUCGAUCGUAACAAUACUCGUUAGUUGAGUGCGAAUAGUGUUGAAAGUGUAGUAUGAGUCUUAGUCAAAAAUCGAACGAUGUUUUCGGUUCAAACCGACAGUUUACAGCGAGUUCCUCGGUAUGCAUCGACAGUGGAAAUCCUUUAUAUCACGAUGUGUACCGAAGAUCAAUAGAAGAACCUAAAGCAUUUUGGGGAGAGGUGGCUGAGCAGUUGAUUGAUUGGGAUAAACCGUGGGACAAUGUGAUGGACGACAGUAAUCGACCUUUUACGAAAUGGUACGUUGGAGGUCAGCUGAAUGCUUGUUAUAAUGCGUUAGAUCGUCACGUUCUGAAUAACAAGGGCAAAAAAGUUGCACUCAUCCAUGAUAGCCCCAUGACUAACACCAUCCGUCGGGUAACCUACAAUGAACUCCUGGAAAAGGUUUCUCGGCUAGCUGGUGGUUUGAAGAAACUUGGUGUCAAAAAAGGAGACCGAGUUGUCAUAUACAUGCCUCUGAUUCCAGAGGCAAUUAUGGCUAUGCUUGCUACCGUUAGACUAGGUGCUAUACAUUCUGUAGUGUUUGGAGGAUUUGCCGCCAGUGAACUGUGCACACGUAUUGAACACGCAGAGCCAAAGGUUAUCAUAGCUGCGAAUUGUGGAAUAGAGCCAAAUAAAAUUAUUCAUUAUUUGGAUAUUCUCCAUGAAGCUGUGGAAAUGUCAAAGUGGAAACCUCAAACCAACGUUAUUUAUCAGCGCACGAACAUUUUGGUUUCUGAACUGGAUAAACGCAUGGAUGUAACAUGGGAAUCGAUUCUUGACGAACCAACAGGAUGUGUUCCAGUAGAUGCCAAUGACCCAUUGUAUAUUUUGUACACCUCCGGAACUACAGAUAAACCCAAAGGUAUUACUCGUCCUACCGGAGGCCACCUGGUCACAUUGAUGUACACUAUGGACACAAUAUAUGGAGUGCAACCAGAUGACGUGUGGUGGAGCGCAUCGGACUUGGGCUGGGUUGUUGGUCACUCAUACAUAUGUUAUGGGCCAUUACUUUAUGGUGCCACUAGUAUUAUGUACGAAGGAAAACCGGAUCGUACCCCCGAUCCUGCCCAAUAUUUUCGGCUGAUUGAACAACACAAAGUCACAGCACUCUUUUCUGUUCCGACAUCAUUCAGAGUGCUACGGAGAACUGAUCCAGAUGUCAAGUAUGGGAAAAAGUACAGCAUAAAGUCACUUAGAACUAUUUUUAUCGCCGGGGAACAUUGUGACUCCGAAACAAAGACUUGGAUUGAAAAGACCUUUAGAGUACCAGUGCUGAAUAAUUGGUGGCAGACGGAGACAGGAUCAGCUAUAACAGCAACAUGCGUUGGCCUUGCCCAAAACCUUAAUCCUCCGAAAUUCACAACGGGCCUACCAUUUUGUGGAUAUGACAUUCGAGUUUUAAAUGCAGAUGGAACAGAAGCAGAUCCUAACGAAUUGGGUCGUCUAGUUGUUAAACUGCCACUUCCUCCAGGCACGAUGUCAACCCUAUAUAGAAACGAUCAAUUGUUUGAACAAGUGUACUUCCAUAAAUAUCCGGGCUAUUAUGACACGAUGGAUGCUGGAUAUAAAGACGAAAAGGGAUACAUAUAUGUAACUGCUAGAGAUGAUGAUGUGAUCAACGUAGCUGGUCACAGAAUUUCCACAUCAAGCUUAGAAGAUGCAGUAUUGAGGCACCCUGAUAUAGCUGAUGCAGCCGUUUUCGGGGUACCAGAACCAACCAAAGGUCAAAUACCACUUUGCUUGUAUGUUAUAAAAGAUGGAGUAACCAAAGCUACUACCAAACUGUCUGUAGAGCUAAUCACACUGAUAAGAGAUGUUAUUGGACCUAUAGCAGCAUUUCGACUGGUAGGAAGGGUGGAUAAUCUACCAAGGACUAGAUCAGGGAAGACUAUGAGGAAGGCUAUGGGAGAAUUCGCAGCAAAUAAAACAGUGAUUUUGCCAGCAACAAUCGAAGAUGUUGGAGUGUUUGACGAUAUUAAGCGAGCCUUGCAAGAACUUGGUUAUGCAAUGAAUGCUCCAAUUCCAACUAUUGGAAAUAAAAAAUAAUGUAAUUGUUUAUUUAUUGUAUAACUUCUGUGGCUUAUAGAAUUUAAAUUAAUCUCUACGGAAAAACAUGUGUAAAAAAGUAAAAAGUCGUUGACUGAUUUCAAAGAAAUCUUGCAACC